UCUGUGGUCGGAGCUCAGUGUUAGCGGUUAGCCUGUAGCAGUGCUAGCUCUGUUUACAGCUCAGGGUUUAUUAGUGUUUAUAUGUAGUUUAAUGUGUAUUUAUAGAGUUUAAUGUGUAUUUAUAGAGUUUAAUGUGUUUUUAUAGAGUUUAAUGUGGUUAAAGUGGGCGGAAUGGAGGAGUACAGCACCACUGUCCGGCUCUCCGGCUUCGUGUUGGGUUCAUUAAUGUUUCAGCACCUCAACACUGACUCUGAUGUGGAGGGUCUGUUAGUUGGGGAAAGUGUCCGAGAGGAGAAGAGCAAAAUUACAGACUCGCAGACGGAUCACAUCCAGUUUCUGCACACAAUCAAUAUUCAGAAGCACAUUACGUGUAGAAGAAUUCACAGCUUCUACAAUAAUGCCUGUGAAAUAGACGAGGAGAAGAUCAGAGAGAUUACGUCUAAUUUUAAUGAGGAGAACGUGAUUGGUUGGUACAGACAGCGGAGAAACACCACUCAGCAGAUGACUCUAAAAGAACAGCUGGUGCAUCAGAAUCUGAGACGACUUCUUCCACAUCAGGAGCUCAUCUUCAUCCUGCUGACGCCUUCAGACACGACAUCAUCAGGCUCCACCCACCGUCUGGAAUACACAGCCUUUAUAUGGAAUGGCAGCCAGUACAGCAGUGUCCUGAUCUCAAUAGGAAACCUGGGUAUGCUGGACCAGCAGGAUUACUGGAGAUUCUCGACUACAUGCCCGUCUCUGAGCCGCUGCCAAGCUGUGAAAAAACACAAAACCAAAUUCUUCUCUACAGAAGAUGAUCUCAGGGAGGUGGAGAAAGUCAGCAACAUGAACGACGCAUUGUUGGACGAAAUGAAGACUGCUUGUGAGAAAGUGGAGAAGAGCGAGCGUUUAGUGGAGAAGCUUCAAGCAGAUAUCACUGAACUCAAAGAGGCCAUUAGCAAGCAGAAGAAGAAGCAGCAACAGUGUAACACCACAGAAACAUCGACUCCAAACGAACCCAAGGAGAACGUCCUGCUGUGUGCAGCUCUGAAAGCUCUGUUCCCAAACUCCCCAUCAUUACGGACUCAGACUCUAACUGUCCAGGGCUUUCCGGUGCUGGAGGUUUGCUGCAGCUCCGAACACGGCAUCGACAUUCCCAGCAGACUGCCGCUGGUCCUGGAGUACGAGCAGGGCCUGAGGAAGAGGAAAACCAGCAGAGACUGCAGAUCACAGGAGAAAUCGCAGGUCGCCGGAACCUCCCUUAGACGUAAAAGAAAGAGAAACACCACAGAUACUCAGGACCCUGUGGAGGAGGAGGAGGUCGACAACCUGCAGGACAGUAAUUCUCCUGUUUUUUAAAUGAAAAUACAUGUUUUUCUGUCUCUAAUACCAAUAAAAUGUGUUUUAUUGACAUAAA